AUGCGCUUGGUGUUUUGGAAUGGCAUUUGGUCCCUGCUGAUCAGUAUCCCAUUGGCGGCCUUCAGUGAAGGCAACCACCCUGGCUCCCCAGAUUACCAGGUGGUACGCCAGUGGGAGAUUCACCCUCCCAACAUGUGGUUGGGAGGUGACAUCGACAGAAACCGGUGGUACAAAUAUCGGUUUAAAGAAGGUGAGCUCAUUGAAGCCCCGGUGCGUGACGACACAGGGAAGGCACAGGGGUUCAUCUUGCUACGCGUGCACAGUCAUGAAAGCACUUCAGGAGAAGGUCACCUGCUCUCAGCAGAGUUUCUGGCCUGUUCAGACAGCCAUUACAGAUGGUGGAUGACUGAAGGUGAAGGAAAGAAGAGAGCACAGCGUGGCCUCUAUCAUGCCUGUGAGGGCAACGUCCAGGAUUGCAAGUUUACCAAGGGACGUCAUCCCCUUGUGCACCUUGAGAAGUUCCGGACAAUCGGAGCAAAAGAAUGGCAGAACCGUGUGCCGGACUGGGCCUUCAAGGGGCAGGCGCGCAAAGACAUCGAGGCCUUCGAUCUGAAGAUGCAGUCAGACAAGUUGGAGGGCGACGAUGCUGUGCCGCUCCCUUGGGCGCAAGCCGAGGAUGCUGAAGAGGAGGCUGGCGAGUCAUCUGAAGCGUCAGGAUCCUCCGAUCAAGCCAUUGGUGAGAAAAUACCGAAGGUCAGAGAUCAGCUUAAGAAGUUGGAAAAGCAGCAGGCCAAAGCCAAGAAAAAGAAGAAAGGAAAAGGAGAAGCCAAAGAGGCAAAAACCAAGGGAAAGAAGAAGGCAAAAGACAAGGAUAAGGACAAGCAGCGUCGACCUUCACCCUCUUCGGAGGUGUCAAAACACAGAGGCCGUAGCAAAAAGCCAAAGAGGCGCCGAGCAGAUUCAAGUGAGGACAAGAAGAAGAAAGCCCGCAGAGAUAAGGAUGGCUCAAAGAGGAGGAAGAAGGGGUUCCCUUCUGAUUCAAGUGAGGAGGGCCCAGAGGUCGGUUUGUUCGAAAAGACAGGCCAAGAGGAGGACCACCCUGACCCGAUCCCGAAGAGAGGUGAUCGUGGACCAUUUGGGUCAGGACUACCGGUAGAGUUUGGUGAUGAUUCUUCCGACAGUGACCGAAGUUCAGUUUUUCGGUCGGCCCCUCCCCAGCCGGUGAAAUCGGGACAGCAGGCCCUGAUCACCUACAGCCACCGCCGCCCAGGGCGUCUAGCCGCCCGCCUGUUGAUGAAGAUGAAGAACGAGGUGGCGCUGGGCUCGGGAGGGGCGGCAGAGGGGAGUCAAGAAAAGACCCCCGCAAUAGCGGUUCACUACCUGCUGACACUCAUGAUGCCGCAAUUGGGAAGUCGGAUGAACCUCAGGACGCAGAGAGAAUUGAGGACCAUUAUGGUGGCGCUGGACUUGUUGGCCAAGAAGGCCCCAGCAAGAGCGGCCGACAUAUUGGCCCAGCGAGUCAAGGCCUUAGAACGGGCAACGUCAGAGGGGCAUUGGGCCACAGCCCAAUUUCUGGAACUCAUACCAAGCGAGACCUCCAGCCUCCUGGAUCGCGACGAAGAGGUUUACCUUUCGAAGGAGUACCUCCAGACGAUGAAGGUGACGCACUACGAUCGCCACAAAGGAGGAGCCGGUCGGGGAGAUCGCAAGGGCGAGAAAGGAAAAGGCAAAGCAGCAGGAGGAGAACACGCAGGAAAGGGCAAGACCAAGAAGAAGGACAACGAGAAAUUCUUGGCGAAAAGAAGGCCAGUGGUAGACGUGUUUGCCAAGGUUUGGGAGUUGUUGGAUCAUGUCUCAUCACCUUUAGGAGAUUAUGCCAAAUCCUCCAAGGGACCCAGAGUGCCUCCCGACGACUCCGUCCAGAACCCACGAGGUAAUGAUCUCCUACCUCUUUCUCCCUUGGUGAUGGACAGGUUCACUGCUCUUCCAGAGGCCUUAAGAGACGCUAUGAAGCUGUCAUUGCUGGUCCUCAACUUCCUGGCGAUGGGUGGCAGGUACAAUCAGGCACGCGACAUGCCUCCACCUCAGCGGCUGUCAGAAGGGCAAGAGAAGAUGCUUUCUCACAUCAAGGAAAGGGUCAUGGACCUAGCCUCGGAGGAGAAACUUUGCCCCCCGGUGGAUGAUGCAGAUCUCAUCCUCAGCAAGGCUCGUUUUGAUUAUGCUGGAUGGCCAGUCAUGAUCUUGGAGGACCUGGUAGCUGACAAGGUCAUCCCAGUGUGGCCGAAAGUUGGUGAGGCGGCCAUACAACCUGUGAUGCCUUACCUGCCGUCCGACUUGGCAGAGAUGAUUGAAGACCCCAACAACUGCCUGCUACCGCGAUGGGAAUGGCCUGAAAAGCCUACAAAAAGCCGAGUCAGAGCCUCACAAGAAGAAUGGAACAAAAUUGUUCAGGCAGGAUAUGACAGAGGUUUGAUGGCUCCAAUGGAAGAAGAUCAGGUGUUUAGAGAUGGCGCGGGUCACAAGGUCCUUAAUGGAGCUGGCGGAGUGAAGAAACUGAAACUUGUUGGAGGUGAAGAGAGAACCAUGCAGAGGUUCAUUUCAAACUUCAUCCCAAUCAAUCAGUACUUGGCUCACCUCAGCGGGGGUGAUCAGUUCCUCCCGUACUUAGGUCAGCUGACCUUGAUGGGGCUUGAGGAUGAUGAAGCCCUAUUGGUCGAUUCUGAGGACUUCUGUUCUUGCUUCAACCUUUUUACUUUACCCGCCUCAUGGCGUGGGAUGAUGUGCUUUGAUCUGAUGGUGGACGCCAAGUACAUGGGUGGUACGGCUGGACACAUGGUGUAUCCGGCUAUGGCGGUUGUCCCAAUGGGAUGGAUCAACGCUGUAACGGUGAUCCAAUCUGUCGUCAGGUCAUUGGUCUUCCAAGGGGCGCAGAUACCGGAGUCCUCCGAGGUGGCCAAGAUUAAGCAGAUGCCUGACACUGAUGACCUCACAGUCAUUUACCUAGACUCAUAUGAUGAGCUGAGACGACUUGAUGCUCAGUGUGCUGAAGUGCUGGAGGGUAAAGCAUCAGCCCGACAUCUCAGGUUUCAAGAGGUCUGUCAGGAGAAAGGCCUCCCGCUCAAUGAGGCAAAGAGGUUGGUUGGAGCCACAAGAGGCACCUUGCAAGGAGGGCUCCUAGACGGCAAGAAGGGUUGGUACAAGCUGGCCCCGGACAAGCAGGUCGACUUCAUUUCCCUCUGUGUGGGCAUGGUCACCGCGCCGCAGUGGCGUGAGUUCCAACUCAGGCAUGUGAUUGGAAAGGCCACCUUUGGGAUGUGUUUCAGGCGACCCCUUUUGAGCAUCUUUCAGGACGUUUUCACGGACUUGCAGAACCUCACAAAGAGAGACCAGCUGGAGCCAAGCAGGGGUGCCAUUGAUGAGCUCCUCAUGGUAUUGACAAUGGUCCCGUUCAUGGGGUCCUGUCUUCGACUCACCCUUGACAAGGAGAUUACAUGCUCAGAUGCCUCUCCGACAGGAGGUGGGGCAGCAGUCAGUGACAGCUUUAUGCAGGAGCCCCUUACGGUGGAUCAUGAAGGGGGUGAGUGCUGGUGGUGUGAGCGAGUGUUCCGCUCUGAACAACGAUACCCCUGCCCCUCGCAGUGUGGCGCAGUUUUGUGCUCCUUGGAGUGCAUCUGGGAGCACCGCAAGCGCUCAGGCCGCCACAAGCGAAAUGACUUCUUCUCGGAUGCUGGGCGACAGGAGAUGACAGAACUCCUGGAGGACCCCUUCUUGUAUUGUGAGCACUGGGCACCGGAAUGCAAGCUUUUUAGUCGUGCGAGAGGAAAGAAGAUCCGUUUGGCAUCAGGGCGAACCAUUUCUGGUCCCCAACCGGUGCGCGACGCCCGUCAUGUCAUGGGCUUUCCAUGGUUGAAGUCGCACAUGAAGGCCCGUCUCAGGAAGAGCAAUGCGAUGGCCCUCAAGGCGUUGCGCCGAGGAGAAGCUGCAAAGCAGACGGGCAUGCCACGGCAUUGGACAGCCGAGCAUCCCAAGAACAGUUGGAUGUGGCAAUUUACUCUAGCCAAGAAGUUGGAAGAGCUUGGCCUGCAGCACGCCAUUGGGUCUAGCUGCUGUUUUGGUGGCGCCCGGCAGAAGUUCUACUCCUUCUUGGUAUCCUCUGAGGAGAUCAAGCAACGCCUCACAGUGGAGUGCCCGGGCCAUCCUGGCCUCUUGACUUAUGAAGCCGAGCAAAAUCCUGAUGGCUCCUUGUACUUCCCUACUGAGGAAGAGGCAGAGUAUCCCUGGGCACUUUGCUUAGCCUAUGCGAGAGGACUGCGUGCCCAAUUGGACAAGGAGAGGGUCUUUGAACAAGUCAAGUCACAAGCUCGCGAGCACUGGUACCAGGAGGAACUUCAGAAGAGCACAGCACGCUUGGCCGAUUCGUCUAUUGCCAAGCCUGUGGCUACCUACCUGGCCCGGUGGGAACAAGAAAUGCGGCCAAAUCAAGAGGAGCUGCAUCUGAGGAGCUUGCUCCACAAAGCAUCAAUGAGGGGCACAGACAUCCGCUUCCACCUCAUGCUGGGCAGUGAGGAAAUGGCUCACGAGGUCCCUUACCCCGCUAUGUUGUGGCGGUGGAAGACGAUCAUCAGCUUCCCAUGGAAGCAGCCAGCUCACAUUAACGAGCUUGAGCUUAAUGCCGUUGUUGUGACCGGCAAGCACAGGGCUCGCAACAGCAACAAGUUUCACACUAGGCCUCUCGUCGACAUGACGAAGCGUAAGAUCCAUCUCAAAUAUGCUGGAUUGCAGCCGCGCACCCUCAGAGCCUACAGACUUGCUAUUGACAACUUCCUUCAUUUUGCUGGGAAAGAUGCUGUUACCACCCUCAAACCAAAGCAACUGGAUGCCCUUUUGGCAGAAUUCAUCAAUAUGGCCUUCCAAGAAGGAGAUCCAUUGACCUACUCAGGUCAUCUUUUGUCUGCCUUGAAGAGGUUUCACCCUGAACUGAGGAUGAAGUUACCCAUUGCGUCCCAAUACUUACGCAAUUGGACGCGAGCUCAUGUCCCAAAACGAGCAGUUCCAGCAUCAUGGGAACUAGUGGAGGCUAUGGUUGCCCUUGCCUUACAUCGCAACGAUGAACCGCUGGCACUGCCAAAAGGGUCAGACAGUGGCGUCUCAAAGGAGUACAAUUGUUUUAAGGCCCUUCCCCAGCUCUACAUGGUAUCAUUCGAAGCAAAGAUGGCCUUACUUGGUUCUACAGUGGCUGGCGUGCUGCUGAAUAUCACGCAGGUCUUAGCAGUCAAGGAACUGGGAGCUCUGAUGCAAAGUAUCGUGGGGAAUCUGAAUCUGAUCCUGGUGAUUGCGCUCUCACAAGCCUGGCUCCAUGAAGAAGUCGCCUUGUUCCAACACUUUGGCAUCAUUCUCCUGGCCACCGGAACCUUCGUGAACCACGUUGAGCCUAAGAAGAAAGCAGAGAUGGAGAUGGAUCAACGUUUCCGAGAAGCCUUGAGGAUCAUUUCCGCCGCAUCGCCGCGCAGCUGCCUCACUCCCGUGGGCAUCAGCAACGACGCCGUCGCAAGCGAACGUUGA